UGAGAGUUCCAAGCCUCUCCACUCCCUAUAAAAGGCCGGCAGAACAGCCAGAGGAGCAGAGAGGCAAAGAAACAUUGUGAAAUCUCCAACUCUUAACCUUCAACAUGAAAGUCUCUGCAGUGCUUCUGUGCCUGCUGCUCAUAACAGCAGCUUUCAAGCCCCAGGGACUUGCUCAGCCAGAUGCACUCAACGUCCCAUCCACUUGCUGCUUCACAUUUAGCAGUAAGAAGAUCUCCUUGCAGAGGCUGAAGAGCUAUGUGAUCACCACCAGCAGGUGUCCCCAGAAGGCUGUCAUCUUCAGAACCAAACUGGGCAAGGAGAUCUGUGCUGACCCAAAGGAGAAGUGGGUCCAGAAUUAUAUGAAACACCUGGGCCGGAAAGGUCACACCCUGAAGACUUGAACUCUGCUACCCCUACUGAAAUCAAGCUGGAGUACGUGAAAUGACUUUUCCAUUCUCCUCUGGCCUCCUCUUCUAUGCUUUGGAAUACUUCUACCAUAAUUUUCAAAUAGGAUGCAUUCUGUUUUGUGAUUCAAAAUGUACUAUGUGUUAAGUAAUAUUGGCUAUUAUUUGACUUGUUGCUGGUUUGGAGUUUAUUUGAGUAUUGCUGAUCUUUUCUAAAGCAAGGCCUUGAGCAAGUAGGUUGCUGUCUCUAAGCCCCCUUCCCUUCCACUGUGAGCUGCUGGCAGUGGGUUUGUCUUCGGUUCCCAGGGGUUGAGAGCAUGCCUGUGGGAGUCAUGGACAUGAAGGGAUGCUGCAAUGUAGGAAGGAGAGCUCUUUGUGAAUGUGAGGUGUUGCUAAAUAUGUUAUUGUGGAAAGAUCAAUGCAAUAGUAGGACUGCUGACAUUUUGCAGAAAAUACAUUUUAUUUAAAAUCUCUUA